AUGUAUUUCCGUUUCCGAGACCAUUUGUAUGGUCUUCUUCUGCUUCAUGGCCAGUCACUGAUGGCCCGUUCCAACUCAGAGAUCAUCCUGCCAUUUUCUUCUUGGGUGUCCUACAUACCGAUAUCCGAAAGGACAAUGUCAAGCCGAGAAGGAGGUAAAAAAAAGCCACUGAAGGCACCAAAGAAAAAAGAAGCAGAAGUUGAUGAAGAAGACAUGCAGAGAAAAAUGAAAGAGAGAGAGAAACAAAAAGCACUUGAAGCAGCCAAACAGCGGGCAUCGAAACCUGGUCCACUUGUUGGGGGUGGUAUAAAGAAGUCUGGAAAGAAGUGACAGCAUUUAUGCUUUCCGCUUCUUCUUACAUUCUUGAUUUCCUAUUUUUUAUUAAAUUUUGUGUUAUUGUAACUUUUGUCCUAUAUUUAAUUAUUUGAUCAUGUCUCCAGUUUUAUAAUUCUCAAUUUAAAUCUCAAUAUGCCAUAUUUUGAGCUCAGGGUUCACAAAGAAAUUUGUACUUGAGAUAAUUGCAUUGAUUGUAAAAUUUGGCAUGAAGAGAAUAAAAUUUGGUUGGGAAUAACGUUUGUUUUAAAUUAUCAACCAGUAAUUUUGGAUGUAGAUUACCAUUACUGUCUGUUCAGAGUUUCUACCCAUUUAAGCGAGACCUUACUUUAAUCAUUAGUUCGUCAAGAUUUUUGUCAGGCGUUUAACAGUAAGUGUUAUUUCUUCCCUGUGUUGAAUAAUUGCGAUACAAAUUUUUCUUACUAUCUGUUCUGUAACUAUUAGUAAUAUAUGUUCAGUGGAGUGUAGAAAGGAUUAAUAUGGUCACACUACCAUUUGAAUUUGUAUGAUACAUUCUGGAAACCAUUAGAAGAAAAGGAAGCUUUUGCAGAUUUUGCAAGACUUGUAAAAUAUCCUGGAGAACAAGAGAUCAACAUAUGACAGAAAUGCCUCCACAGAAUUAACCGGCACUAGAUAAAAUAACAAUCAUUAGUGAUUUGUAUUUGAAAGGCUGAAAGUGAAUGCUUCAUAGCAAUUUUUGCAUUUUCUUUUUCUCAUCUUUCUUCCCAAUAGUUGGGUGUAAAUGUUGCUGAAGAAUUCAGUUGACUAAUUUAUUUACUUAAGGAAUAUCCACAUUUGAAACAAGUUGUUUUUUCUGUGUAUUUGAUUCAAUUUACCUAUAAAAAGUUGAAAAAAUGCAGAUGUACAAAGGAAGAUAAUUUUUGAAAGAGAAUUUCACAUCAGAGAGUUACUGGAAUAGUAAUAAUUUGCAAUAAAUCUCUUAUUUCUGUUUGUUUUAAGGCCUCUAUUUUUCUUCAGAGGAAUUUGAAGUAAGACUAUUUUCAUUACUACAUUAAUUUACAUAUUCUCUCUGUCAUCUUUAUUAACAUAUCUGGAUGAAUAAUGUUGGAAAUGCAUACCAUUCAGUUAUUUUUAAUUCACUAAUAAAUACUGCCACACAUUGUGCAUAAUACAUGCUGUUUAUGCUUUAAUGGCAACUGUUAAGAUAUUCCAGAAUUUCCCACACAAUAGAAUCCAGUUGUUAAGAAUGCAAAAGGUUUUAUUAAUGUAUCUAGUAAAGUUCUUGCAGGUUUGAGUAUAGUCUCUUAUAUUACAGCAAUUGUUUCGAAAUUUCUUCCUAAACAACUCUGGAUGUGUAUACACUUAAUUUACUUCUUUUUGAUAAUUGGAUUUGAAUGUUCUUAAGUUUUUCUUGUGUAUUUUUGAUUCGUCAGUAAUUCUUGGCAUUGAACAGGUAAAAAAGAAAUUGCAGGAAAUGAAUACAUACAGCUAAAGCUGUUUCUCUUAGACAAUUUAACAAAAAAUUCAUCUACACUUUUUGAAGAUAUAAAAUAAGUAGAAAUGAUAAUUGAUUUUGAAAAAGUGUACCAAUGCAACCUUAAAAAUUGUUUCGAUAUAAAAAAAUCAACUUGCCCAAUAUACAAUGUUUCACAGAGUAUUACAUUGAAGAAACAUGUGAGUAAAUUAUAGAAAGGUAACAUUUGUACUACAUAUAACUCUGAAGUUGCAUGGAAUAUUGGUUUUUUGCUGUUAUAACAAAAGAAUUCCUAUCAGUACUUAUUACUUCAAAUCUGCAGUAAAGGCGCACUGUAAAUAACUUCAAUAAUUUGUACAAGUUAUUUAAUAUAAUUGGUUGAGUUAUAUUGUUAUGCAUUUUCUGUAUGGGAAUUUUCCAAUAUAAUUUGUAUAACAGAAAAUGGAAAAGAAAUCCUGGCGAAUGAUAAUUUCAUUUUCUAAGACAUACAAACAAAAAAAAUUGUAACUUCUCCAUCUUGUAGAUAUUAUAUUGGUUGUUAGGUCACCAUACCUCAGAACCAUGUAAUAGAAAUUACCUUAUUAAAGGAUUGCAUAAAAUUUGAAUGGUAUCAGUAAAGUCGGUUUGUUUGCAAUAUCAUAACAAAUCACGAAACUUGGUAUCUAAGAUUAUUUCCAAGACCUUAUAUUCAUUAAGUUUGAAGUUGAUUGUCUUUAUAAUUAGAGCAGUUUAAAAACUGUUUCCCCCAUGGAAUCUCAUAAUUUUUCAAUUUUUUCUUUAAUGAUAAACAAUUGUCAUUAGGCUUUUGUAAUAUUUCGUUCAUUGUUUUUUUGAAGUUGCAGACAAUCCUGUAUAUUCCCUAUUGUUUAAACAACUUUGUCAUCUGCAAAUAGCAAAAGAGGUGUUGAUGGCAAAGUAAAUUUAACAUCCUUAAUAAAUAAAAUAAGUGCAAGCCUUAUGGUACUCCCGAGGUUGGAAAAAUGUUUUUAGAAAUGUCAGAUUUAGUCUGGUUAAAUAGUUUUCAAACCAUUUGAGUAGAACACCAUUCCUAUGGAUUUCAACUUAAGAAGCAAAUGUAAGGUAAAUUGAAUCAAUUCUUUUCUUAAAAUCUGUGCAAGACAUAUCAAUUUGAGAAUUCUGUUCAAGGCUUUCAUGUAAUAGCGGUAAUUUGAAUUUUAAGUAAUUCGUAAUGAAUGGGUAGAGAAAUAGUAAAAUGAGAUUUACUCAUUCAGUUAAAAUAUGGUUUAUUUUUUUCUUCAGGAUAAUUUAGCCCCAACAGUUACUAUCCAACCAUUUUCAGUGCAGUAAAUAUUCGGUGAGGAUAUUAAUUGAAAAAUUCCAACUACCACAAUAUUCUCAAACAUUCGAAAGAUCCAAAGCUCCAUGCAUGAAUUGGUCCUGAGGUGGGUCGGUUAUUUGCAAUACAAAUGAUGUAGGUAGCAUUGGUCGUGUCCUAAUACAGCAGUGGAAAUUAGAUAAAGGUCCUAAUGUUACAUGGAGAAAAUAAUUUGUCAGAAAUAUAUGAAUUGUUGAAAAUACA